GAUGUUUAAAAACAAAACUAAAUGUUAUAAAACUGUGCGACAUUGGAAGCGUAAGAUGUCUUAGUGUCUAUCUACUUUGUGGCCUCCACGUCCGGGAUGAUUUCCAAAUUAAACUAACUUUGCCAUCGUUAGUCGUACUAAAUAACAAAAAACUAUGUCUCCCCAAUUGUUCAAUUUCAUAAAUCUGAGAAAAGUAUGCAGAAGCAUAAUAAUUGCACAACUAAUCCUACGCAAUUAAUUGUUCUAAAUCCAAAUUUAUACCCGGUCAAUUAAAUAUUAAUAUACGAAAUAAUAUUAUAUUACCAUUUGAUGUAGUCAUGUAGACCCAUAAAUGAUAAAACACGUGUUAUUUAUCUCUCAUUUUUCCACAACUUGGGUCAUUUGAAUGGUUCUAUAUAUGUUCAAGUUUGUUUAUACUUUAAAAAAACUCCUCGUAGACGUCAAAAAAAAAAAAAAAAAAACUCCUCGUAAUCUGUCAUUUCUCAUACACGUUAAAUGGAAUUAGCCCAAUAAUCGUUCUACUUAAGUUCUCUUUUCUUGUAAGAAAAAGCGAUAGCUCUCAGUAAAUUGUCUCUCAAACUGGUGAUCACAGCCAUGGGGAAAGAACCACUGCUUCAGAAAGUGAGGAUUCAAGAAGACAUCGAGUCAGAUAAGAAGACUCGUGUCAAUGGCGGAGACGAUGACGGCCCCGUCACGUUUGUUUUACUCCUCACAACCGUAACUGCUCUCUGGGGCACUUUCUCCUAUGGCACUGCCGCCGGCUUUACGUCACCAGCUCAAACUGGGAUGAUGGAAGGACUAAAUCUCUCGUUGGCUGAGUUUUCAUUCUUUGGAUCUGUAUUAACAAUUGGUGGACUCGUGGGAGCCGCGUUGUCGGGAAGAUUCGCCGAUCUUUUUGGUCGGAGAGGCGCAUUGUGGGUGUCAAAUUCAUUUUGCAUGGCCGGCUGGCUUAUGAUAGCCUUCUCUCAGGCGACUUGGUCACUUGAUAUUGGACGAUUUCUUCUCGGAGUUGCAUCUGGCGUAACUUCUUAUGUGGUGCCCGUCUACAUUGUAGAAAUUGCACCCAAAAGAAUCAGAGGCGCGUUCUCUGCGGUUAGCAUGCUUGUGAUGUGUGCUAGCAUGGCCUUCAGUUUCCUUGUUGGAUCAGUAAUUUCAUGGCAGAACUUAGCUCUCUUCAGUACAGUUCCUUGUGUUCUAGAAUUCGCCGGUUUGGUCUUUAUACCGGAGUCUCCUAGGUGGCUGUCUAGAAAUGGUCGGGUUAAAGAGUCGGAAGUUGCACUCCAACGUCUACGAGGAAACAGCACUAAUAUCACCAAAGAAGCUGCAGAAAUCAAAAAAUAUAUGGAAAAACUUCAAGAAUCCAAAGAAGAUGGUCUUCUUGAACUCUUCAAACCGCGAUAUUCUCGUGCUGUUAUUGUGGGGAUUGGAUUGCUAGUACUGCAACAACUCGGAGGUCUCAGUGGUUAUACAUUUUACAUGAGCUCGAUUUUUAACAAAGCUGGGUUUCCUAACAACGUAGGAGUGACGAUAGCUACCGUGGUGCAAGCCACGAUGAGCAUUUUCGGAUUGAUAAUCGUGGAUAAAUUUGGGAGACGACCUCUUUUAAUGGUUGCGACGGGCAUGAUGUGUCUGGGGUCAUUCAUCACAGGGCUGUCGUUUUUGUUUCAGAGUUAUGCUUUACUCGACAAUUACACCUCGAUUUCAACACUGAUCGGAGUGCUGGUGUUUCUAACUUCGAUCACAAUUGGAAUAGGAGGUAUUCCAUGGGUCAUUGUCUCCGAGAUGACACCGAUGAAUAUAAAGGGUUCAUCAGGGACGCUAUGCAAUAUAACUAGCUGGUCCUCUAAUUGGUUCGUUUCGUACACAUUCAACUUCCUCUUCCAGUGGAGCUCUUGUGGUGUGUUUUUCAUAUAUUCAAUGAUAUCGGGUAUGGGCAUCCUAUUUGUGAUAAAAAUGGUACCAGAGACUCGAGGUCGUUCCCUUGAAGAAAUUCAAGCCGAUGUUGCCCGAUAACUUUGUAUAAUGUCAAAGGUUCUAGCCAUUAUCUUGACCAAUGCUUCAUAAUGUUAACUAAUAACACAAACACUUCUUCUUUGGAUAGUUUGGACUACAUCUUUAUUUUUCAUUAAUUUAAAUAUAAAACUGGUUGGACUAUCAACUAUACAAGUAAAGAUAAUGGAAAAUGUAGAAGAGAGUUUCUUACACAAAAAAGUCAAGAAGGAACAGAGAAUUCAAACAUCACCAUUUGUAAUAUUCUUGUUGAUGUUUCAAGCACGUGUAAAUUAAUGGCUUCUACUUCAAAAGGCACAGUUCAUAAAGCCAUUGUGGAGACGACUUAUAACUCAAGCAGAACAUGGUAUAUCGGCCAUUCUUGAGGUUUAGAAAUCACUAUAAUCAUAGCUUGGUAGUUUGAUGUAAUCAUCCCAUAUUCACAUCCGAGAUAUGCAAAUCUCAUAAAUUUUUAAUCACGUAACACAUCGAAGUUCCGUAACAAUUCUGUUUGUGGAGCAUGUGAAGGCUUAUCGA